AUGGGCUCUCUUCCGCAAUACUCCAUGGACUGUCUUGUCCAGUCAACCUCGGGACAAGGACAGACGGCAGUUCGUUCGCGCCCAGAAGUCAAGGCGCCUCACGAUGUCUUGGUCCGCGUCUCUGCCGUGGCCCUGAACCCGACUGACUUCAAGUCACCGGCGUCCAACCCCAGCCCGGGGGCUAUAAUGGGUUGUGACUUCAUAGGAUCCGUCGUCUCAGCCGGCGAGGUGGCGGACAAGGAUUUCCCCUCCGCCACGCGAGUUUGCGGGUUCGUUCACGGCUCCAACCCUGGAAACCCCGAGAAGGGAUCUUUUGCCGAGUACCUUGUGACCGACUCGCGCCUGUUGAUACGAGUUCCCGAUAGCUGGACCGAUUUGGAGGGAGCAGCACUCGGAGGCGUUGGUUGGGGUACCGUUGCUCUGGCCAUGGAGGUCUCGCUACAGCUCCCUGGGCGUCCGUCUAAGCCAGUCGCUCCACGGGACGACGGCUCUAGGACGCCCGUAUUGGUUUACGGUGGUGGCACGGCCACCGGCACUAUGGCUUGCCAGAUACUGUCAAUUUCCGGUUACCAGCCCAUUGCCACAGCGUCCAGCAUCAGCUCGACUCUGGCGCAGGAGUAUGGCGCCGCCGCAGUCGUACCGUACUCGUCGCCCACCUGUGGCGAAACUAUUCGCGACCACCACGCUGGUGGGAACUUGCGAAACGCCCUGGACUGCAUCAGCUCUCCCGAGUCUGUGAGAUGCUGCUUCACUGCCCUGGGUCGCAUUGGCGCGCGCUACGCCGGCCUUGACUUCGUCCCAGCCGAGUGGAGGACGCGUCAAGCCGUCAAGGUCCACAUGCCCCUGACUUAUGCCCUCCACGGCCAAGAGAUCUUGUUCAAGGGCCCGUAUCAUCGGGAUGCGGAUCCCGCCAUGUUGGAGCUGGGCAGCCGGUGGCGAGACGAGGUGCAGGGCCUUGUAGAUGCUGGACGCCUUCGGCCGCACCCCGCUCGGGAGAUCCAAGGGAAGUGGAAGGGGAUCAUUAACGGUCUGGAGAUGCUGAAGGCUGGAGAGGUUCGAGGACAGAAGCUUGUGGUAGCUCUGUAA